UUAUCGGAUCAUUGAUGAUGAUUGAUUAAUCAAAUCCCUCUCCGUCUGUUAGAAAGAGAAAAAAGAACGAGGGCGAGGCUAGAUUACGCCUGCUAUGCGCAAUGCGCACAGCUGAAUCGAAGAGUUAACUAGACCAAAAUACAGUGAAAGCUGCGUAUUGAAUACCGUUUCUGUGUUUUUGAUUUCUCUAUCCAAUCCAUACGCUGCUGUUUAUUCAGUUGGGAAUUCUAAUCCUUACCCAGCACUUUCUCGAGAAAGUUUGGAUUUUACGAGAGAACAAACAGUAUCUGGAGGGAACAAAUUAUUAAAAAAUGGAAUGAAAUAGGGGUCUUGGAUUCUCACAUGACAUUCCUAUUUCAUGUGACAACUUAAUGACGAUCACAAGCAUAUGCUGUCCCUCUCGAGACUCAUGGAAUCGAACAAUGGACCGUUGCUACCGCAUAGUUCCUUGUCUUUCAGAUCCCGCUCGAAGAUCUGCCUUGGGUUUGAAAUUUGCUUUGAUGAUGCUUCAUCUGAUAUAUGGGGGUGUUCUUUUUUUAUUUGAUGGAGAUUUGAUAGAGAAAACUAAAACAGAACCAUGGUACACUGCUAUAUAUUUGCUUCUUUUUGUUUCCACGUUGAUUCAAUACUUUAUUACCUCCGGUUCAUCUCCCGGUUAUGUCCUUGAUGCAAUGAGGGCUGUCAAUGAAUCAAAUACAAUAUUUAGGAGGACUUCAGUUGCCUCAAAACAGCCUGCUUCAAGCAAAAAUGGAAGUGUGGUUGUGACUAUGGACUCCGGUCAGUCUGGAAGAAGUGUUCUAGGAAGUACUGCAACUUCUUGGACAAAGCUGGUGAUGGACUUGCACCCUCCUGGAACAUCUGUUAGAAGUUUGAGUUGCUCCUACUGUAACGUUGAACAGCCUCCACGAGCUAAGCAUUGUCAUGAUUGUGAUAAAUGUGUCCUUCAGUUUGAUCAUCAUUGCGUUUGGCUUGGUACAUGCAUUGGCCAGGGUAAUCAUUGUAAAUUUUGGUGGUAUAUCUGUGAAGAGACAGCUUUAUGCCUCUGGACUGGAAUCUUGUACAUCACCUACCUGAAGACAAACAUAUCAAGGGCUUGGUGGAAGAGUGCAAUCAUGAUAUUGUUGUUGGUUAUUCUGUCAAUUUCCCUGAUCUUUCUGCUUCUCCUGCUACUAUUUCAUAGCUAUCUUGUCCUUACGAACCAAACUACCUUUGAGCUCGUACGGCGUAGACGCAUCCCCUACCUUCGCGGAAUUCCGGAGAGGGUGUAUCCUUUUAGUAAAGGAAUAUGCAAAAACUUGUACAACUUCUGCUGUGUACGAGGUAAUGAAUACAGUUUGGAAGCUCUGCCUACAGCUCAGGAACUCGAAGAAAAAUCGAGACCCUACACAUGUUUAGAUGUCAUAACCUGUCGUUGUUGCUGAAAUUCUGUGCCUUGUACCAUUAAUUUGUCAAAUUUUGGCAACUAAAUUUAAUUUGGAAAGUGUGCAUGUUUAGCCAUUUGUUUAAAUAGCCGUUGGACAUGGCAUUAGAGGAAGCAGAGGGUUAAAUUGGAGCUGUUUGCGGUUCUUAUUUGUGGGUCAUUUAGGAUUUAGGCAAUUAGGUCCUCAUAGAAUUGGUUUGUGAUUGAUUAUGUGAUAUUUUUGGGGGAUGAAUAGUUAAUAUUUAUGUAUUCUAGUUUAUAUAUAUAUAUAUAGAUAUAUAUAUGCCCACUACCAA